GCCCAUUUUAGAAAAUAAGCCGCGUGUUGUUGUAGCAGACUUCACAACCGCUUUCCACUUUUAUCCCCGUUAAACUAAUAAUCCGCGAGAGAUUUUAUUCAGCAGCAAGGGGAGUUGGGAAGAAGGAACUGCGUUUCAACGGCAAUCCGCCUAUGAUUGUACAUAAAGUCCUUUAGAACAGUCGUGAAUACACUGUAAGCGGGACACUACGUGGGAACAAAUAUAAAAGCACGGAGCGCAGAUUUUCCAGCAGAGAUCAGCGGCGCUGGAAUAGAAACAUGGAUGACGGGCAGCAGCGAUGGCUUUGAGGAAUUAAGGCCGAAUUGCUUGUCGUUUGUUUUCCUUUGUGCACGGCGAAUGGUUUUAAAUCUACGUUUAUGUUAUUGUGAAACCACAGACUUCUCUCUUGCGAUGUUUGCCAGACUUCUACAAUUGUUUAGUCUGCUGAAACCCUGACCCUUUCUUACAAUUGACCUCAAGUUUGCCUUCAGAUUCGCCUCCAUCCAAUCAAACAAAUGAUGCUUUUGAGACGUGACCUGCCAUUGUCUGUUCAUUUUGGGGAGGAAGUUGUCAGGAUGGCUCCUGGUUCACUAGCCACAAUGGCUCCUACUGGGCCCAACAUCUCCUGGCUUCCAGAAGCUCCUCUGCUCACUCCAGAGCAGCCUAUUUUCCUCAUGACAACUACGGCCCAGGCACUGUCAGGCUUCUUUGUGUGGACGGCACUUCUACUCACCUGCCACCAGAUCUACAUGCAUUUGCGUUACUACAGCUCUCCCAAGGAGCAGAGGCACAUAGUGCGCAUCCUUUUCAUCGUACCCAUCUACGCCUUUGACUCCUGGCUCAGCCUUCUCUUCUUUACCAAUGACCAGUACUAUGUGUACUUCGAUACAGUCAGGGAUUGCUAUGAGGCAUUUGUGAUCUAUAACUUCUUGAGCCUGUGUUAUGAAUACCUUGGAGGAGAGAGCGCUAUCAUGGCUGAGAUCAGAGGAAAACCUAUUGAGUCCAGCUGUAUAUACGGUACUUGUUGUCUUUGGGGCAAGACCUACUCCAUUGGCUUCCUCCGAUUUUGCAAACAGGCCACUUUACAGUUCUGUGUAGUGAAACCCCUGAUGGCCAUGGUUACGGUCAUCCUGCAGGCGUUUGGGAAAUACCGUGAUGGGGAUUUCAAUGUUGCUAGUGGUUACCUGUACGUGACCAUCAUCUACAACAUCUCAGUCAGCCUGUCUCUCUACGCACUUUUCCUGUUCUACUUCGCCACCCGAGACCUCCUCAGCCCUUACAGGCCAAUGCUCAAGUUCUUCAUGGUCAAAUCGGUCAUCUUCCUCUCCUUCUGGCAAGGCAUGCUGCUGGCCAUCUUGGAGAAAUGUGGUGCGAUUCCUCAGAUCAGCUCUCCUGAGGUUUCUGUUGGUGAGGGAACCGUUGCAGCUGGAUACCAGAACUUCAUCAUUUGCAUCGAGAUGUUCUUUGCCGCCUUGGCCCUGCGACACGCGUUUACCUACAAGGUCUACAUGGACAAAAGACUGGAUUCCCUUGGCCCUGUUCCUACAUAUGGACAGUACGGUCACUGUGCCCCCAUGAAGAGCAUCUCCAGCAGCUUGAAGGAGACCAUGAACCCUGGAGAUAUGGUUCAGGAUGCCAUCCACAAUUUCUCCCCAGCCUACCAACAGUACACCCAACAGUCCACCCUGGAGCAGGGGGUCACCGCGCCGCCCAUAUCCCGCAAUCACAGCUGCGUGAGCGCCCGGGACAAUGAGAAAACCCUGCUGCUUAGCUCCGAUGAUGAGUUUUAACUCGCUCACCUGUCGUCCUGAGCAGAGGUACUCCGUAAGGGACUGUUUACUGCUGUGGUAGUGUAAUGAUGAGGUUACGUUAACAUAGGAACAGGUUAUUAAAGGACCAUCUUAAGCAAGUAGUUGCAUUCAAGUGCAGUAGAAUAUGAAAUUAAGCUGCUUAUACUUGCUUAGUUGUUGAAACAGUCUUUAAAGAACAAUCUUGAUGUGCUUUUAUCUGAUAAUGUUGAAUGAGUUAAAUAAUACAUUCAUCUGUACUUUUAGCCAAAUUUUGAAAACCCACAUGGUCUGACACUUCAGCAUUUGAAUUGAUGUAUUUUUUUACGCUUGUAGUUUUAUAUAGGGGGUGUUUGGACAUCCCAGCAUAUUUAUAAAGAGCAAUGUAUUGGAGGGCCCCCAUUCGGUGGGAAUGUUUCCGUUUUUGAUUUACAAGUUCAAGUGCACCUUUCCAUCUGUUUCAACAGUGUUUAUAGCUUCCCCAGUGAUUUAAAGGGCAGGUACAGCAGUAAAUGAAAGAGCGGACUGACGGUAGAGAGAAUACCAGCUGUUCAAACACACUGUUGUUGUUUUGACGGAUGAAUCAAGGGACGGGGAGAGGUUGAUGGUCCACGAUAAGAUUACAGAUUUAGGCGGUCUGGAUUAUAAAGAUGGAACAUUACUUGCCUGAUGCAGAUCAGCACAGGCUUUCAGAAAAGUGUGACCAUCCUGGACCACUGCAGAAAAAGCAUCCAUCUAGGUUUGCUGAGCGGUUUAAAAGAUAGAUUUAGGCUACGCUUCUUAGUGUAUGCUAGACUUUCACUGAGAAAGAACAGUAAAGUACAAUCAAUUUAUCAGUAUUCUGUUGUCUGUCUGCUGGGAAUGCGAAAUUUGUAUAAUUUGAAAUUUUAAAGGGGCACUCCACCCCAAAAUUAAAAUUUUGUCAUUAAUCACUUAUCCCGGUGUCGUUCCAAACCCGUAAAAGCUCAGUUCGU